AUCGACACAAUAUAGCGUUUAUUCUCACACUUUACCAGCAGAGAAAUUUCCAGUCAACAUCGAAGAUGCUUCGACAAAUCAACUCAUUUAUUCUCUCGAUUUUAUUGAUCGGACUCGCGAUUGUCCGAGCCGAAGAAAAUGUUUCUUUAACGCAAAAAUUAACAGUGACUUUACCCAGCGGUGACCGAAUGCCUGUUAUUGGUUAUGGAACUUCAAGAAUACGAGGAGAUGACAAAGUUAAAGAAGCUCUGGAUCAUGCGCUGAGUGUAGGAUACAGACUUUUCGAUACUGCUGAAGCUUACGAAAACGAAGAGAGCAUCGGGAAAGCCUUGAAAGAACUCUUACCCAAACACAACUUGACUAGGAAAGAUAUUUUCAUCACAUCGAAAGUUGCUUCUCGUCCAGAAUCGUCUGGAGCGAAUUCCUACAUAUCCUUAAGUCGCUCUUUGAGGCGUCUGGAUACUUCCUACGUGGAUUUGUAUCUCAUACAUUCACCUGAAUAUUGGUCAUCUGUAGCUGCGAAUUCGAACGUGAAUUUUUCCGAAAUAAGGGAUUUAACUUGGAAGCAGCUCGUGAAGGGCCAAAAGGACGGUUUAGCCAGGAAUAUCGGAGUAUCUAAUUAUAAUAUUGACCAUCUAAAGGAAUUGUUGAGUAACGAUUAUGGAGUUAAACCCGCUGUGAAUCAGGUACAUUGGAAUCCGGAGUAUCAUCAAGAUGAUUUACUGGAGUUUUGUAAAAGCAAUAAUAUAGCUUUACAAGCAUAUUUCUCAUUGGGUGGUGAUAAACACAAAAUUGCUUUACUUGAUAAUCAAGAAGUUAAAAAAGUUGCUGAUAAAUUAGGAAAAACACCAGGACAGGUAGUUCUAAGAUGGGCUGUGCAGCAAAACGUUUUAAUCAUCCCGAAAUCUCUGAGCAGAAUCCACAUGAUACAAAAUUUAGACCUGAAUUUCCAGAUAUCCGAGGAUGAUAUGAAGAUUUUGAGCAACUUGCAAAAAUCAUAA